UAAACUUAGCUUCAUGUGGGCGUCCUGCAGAACUCUAGUCUCGGCCCUUUUUCCUUCCCUGUUUCCGAUUCUGCGCAGUGGACGCCGAUCCGCCUCAGCUGAGCGUUUCAGAGUUGUGCGGAAAAAUUGAUGAAGUCACGAAAAUUAAUAACAAAGUAGCGAUUCGAGCAAUGAUGAGCGGAACUAUCAUCGACAACACCACGGUUUCAACACCAACAAACACCGCCGGACACAUGUUAGAUCUAGAUGAAGAAGACGAUGAUUUGGAAGUUUUCAGUAAGGAUACGACAAACGGCAGCUCUUUCAACGCCUCCAUGCAGACUUCCCCUGGUUCAAUGAUCAACCAGUACAAGUUUGAGGAAGAAGAGAGAGAUGUUGACGCCAAAGACAUUUUUGUCACAGUCGAUAACCCUGAGACUCAUGUGAAUGCUAUUGAGACAUACAUAACUUACAGGGUUGUGACCAAGACAACUCGGAGCGAGUUUGACUCGAGUGAGUUUGAGGUGCGAAGGCGAUACCAAGACUUCAUGUGGUUAAAGGGACGUCUGGAAGAGGCUCAUCCCACGCUUAUUGUUCAUCCACUACCAGAGAAGUUUGUGAUGCGAGGUAUGGUGGAGAGGUUUAAUGAAGAUUUCAUCGAGACAAGGAAAAGAGCGCUGAACAGGUUUCUGAACAAAAUAGCAGAACAUCCAAUUUUCUCCAGCAGUGAGGAUUUUAAGCUCUUUCUCACAGCAGAAAGUGGGGCAUUGGCCUCUCAUAAGAAACAGGGUCCUGGGUUUCUGAGCAGAAUGGGGGAGUCUGUGAGAGGUCUUGCCGCCACAGUUAGAGGGAUCAAAAAUCGGCCGGAGGAGUUUACCGCGAUGCAGGAGUAUGUGGAGGCCUUCGGGCAGAAGAUGAGCUCACUCGAUAAAGUUACACAAAGAAUCGUCAGGGAGCAGAAAGAAUACCUGGAAGAGCUGAAGGAGUGCGCGCCAACAUACACGCUGUGGUCAAACUCUGAGGAGGAGCUGGCAGAGCCCCUGAAAUGCAUGGCAGGCAGUCUAGACAGGUGCUUCAAAGAGACAGAGGAGCAGGUCAAACACCUCAAUGAUAACCUCACUCCAAUCAUUCAUGAAUACGUCCUCUGUACAGACACACUUAAGACAGUGCUCAGGAGGCGAGACAACAUCCAGGCUGAGUUGGAGGCGAAGACCGAAGCCCUCGUCGCGAAGGCGGCCGACAAAGAAGUAGAUUCUAGUGUGCUGGGUUUAGCAUGGGACAGCUUGUUGGGACGGUCACCUGAAGAAGUCCAACAGCAAAAACAGGGGGAAAUGAAUGAGAUGAGGGAAGACUUGGAAAAAUUGGAUGACAGGCUGGAGUGGGCAAAUAAUGCAUUAAAGAGUGACUGGACACGCUGGAAGAAGGUCAUGAGAACUGAUCUACGAUCAGCCUUCAUUGACACUGCAGAAAAGAAUGUGAAUUACUAUGAGAAGUGUUUGGCAGUAUGGGAGUCAUUUCUGAUGUCUCAGAAAACAGAUGCUGAAGGAAGAGAAAUGUUGGACUCAUCCUAAUCUUCCAUGGUGCUUUUAGCCUACAGGGGACCCCAAAAAGAGACGUUUUUUUGUGCUGACAACAGAAGCUUUAUAUUAAGAGACAAAGACGCAACCAAAGAAGACCCGUUACCACAUGCAAACAUCAGCUAGCAUUUCCCGGCUGACCCAGAAAGAGAUCUAUAUCGGAAAUAUUGUUUUUUUUCCAUUAAUCUGUUUCCCCCAAAGCACACUUUUGUCCACUCAAGUUAUUUUUAUAAUGGUGAAAAACUAAUAUCGGCAAAUUUUUUAUACAGAGACAUAUUUUUCAUUUCUGUUUAUAUGUGUAAUAAACAGGAGAUUGGGUUUCAGGGCAUGAGGAGAUGCAAUUCAUGAAAAAUGAAGAUGAUUGCAUCAUCUGACCUUUUAUAGUAAAAAUGGUUUCCCCAAGGAUUUAAUCGAUAUGAUUAUUUUAGAUGCAUAUGCCCUGCCCUUUUGCAGAUCAAUGCAAAAGCUGUUUACCAUUUAUCAGGACUGCCUCGCUGAAAAAUAUCUACAGUGUUUAAAUAAAUACAAAUGCAACCUGAAUGGAUGCAUUUCUUGCAUUGGGCUGAAUUUAUCAUUGCAUUAUCAUAUUUAGGGUACUGUAAAUUUAUCCAGAAAUCAUACUUUAAUGAGAUGCUGACAUUCCAGAAUUGUUUACAUUUUAUUGAAGUGCAUUAUUUUUGGCAAUAAUGCUAACAAUAGCAAUGAGCAAAUCAGUAUGUGCGGUGAUUUGAAUGCUAUGCACUAAUAUCUGUGUAAUUUAAUUGCAAAAUGACUUUUUGGUGAUAUGCUUUUUAUGGAAUUCUGUGUAUUGGAUGGUAAUGAAGACAAUUGAAAUGAUAAAAUAG